AUGCGCUACGAAGUCAUCACCUACCUACUAUUGCUGCAGAAUCGGGUAUACACUUCCAAUAUAUUAAUCUGGAAUCCAACUAUCGGCUACAGUCAUGUUAAGUUUUUGGGGAACAUAGCCGAUGUGCUGACUCAAGAUGGUCAUAAUGUGACAAUCUUCCAUCCAGUUAUGGAUCCACACAUCAAAACUUUUGGCAACCGUCUAUCAGCAAGAACCAUCUCCUACGAACCAGACGUUCUUGAUACAAAUGAUUGGCUGAAAUUAGAUAUCAAACGACCUUCGUUAUGGGAUUCUCCACCCUGUGAUAGUCUCUGUUUCAAAUGGGAAGACCAAGAUACUAUCUAUGAGCAAAGCAUCAAAUAUUGUAAAGAACUACUCAAGGAUCAAGAAAUGAUAUCCAAGCUGAAUGAUUCGAAAUUCGACAUAGCUUUCUCCGAAAGCUUUGAUUUGUGCGCCCCAGGAUUCUUUGAGGUGCUCGGAAUUGAGAAUGUGGUGAUGGUAUCCGCGUUGGGUAUGUUACCACGCCUGUACGAGAUAGCAGGAAUGUCCGAAGUUCCCAGUUUUGUUCCCGAUCCUCUUACUCCAUACUCUGACGAUAUGACUUUCAUGGAAAGAUUAACGAAUCUGAAGGUACAUAUCCAAAUGAAGUCCGAAAUGCGACGUUGGGAGCAAAUGUUUUGGGAGGUGUUCAAUGCAAAAUACCCAGGAUUCCCAACAAUCGCAGAAAUUAACAACAGGAAAACAGCGUUGAUAAUGACGAACGUAAAUGAGUUCGCGGAAAGUGCACGUCCGACGACGAAUAUGAUACGAUAUGUUGGCGGUUCAACCUUGUACCCCACGAAACCACUAACAAAGGAUUUAGAAAACAUACUCAACGAAAGGAAUGCGACUGUAUUUUUCUCGUUGGGAUCACUAGCACAAUCUAAGGACAUGCCGAGAAGUAUUAAGAAUGAUAUCAUUAGUACAUUCGCUUCAUUUCCUGAUGUAACAUUCAUCUGGAAAUACGAAGGUGACGACAUUGCUUCGUUCGAAACCCAACCAAACAUUCAUUACUUGAAAUGGGUCCCACAGUUUGACUUGCUGGCUGACAGACGACUCUCGUUGUUUAUCACACAUGGCGGCAUGAAUUCAAUGUUGGAAGCUAUGUUUUGUGCAAAAAGUAUGAUUGUUAUCCCACUAUUUGGUGACCAGCAGUUUAAUUCUAAGAACAUUCAACGAAGAGGACUCGGAACAAUCGUUGAAAGGAACCACCUUAAUAAGAGAACAUUAACGGAAGCAAUCAAAACAACAUUAGGGAACAAAAAAAUUACUCGGGAAUCUGAAUUUGUCGCAGCACAGCUCGUCGGACGACCACAACAAUAUCGCGAUGAUAUUGCCAAAUGGACGAGAGCUAUUAUAGAACACGGCAAAAUGGAUCAUCUAUUGCUGCACUCCAGAAAUCUGAAUUUCAUGCAGUACUACUGUUUAGAUGUACUCACGCCGCUCUCUCUCUGCCAGUUAUUCUUUCUGUGUGAUUCUAUUUUGAAGACAAUGGCUAGACGUAAAUGCUGUAUUUGCCAUAUGAGCUUGCCCGAGGCUUAUAUGCGAGUGUUCUCCUCAGUGAUUGGGCAGGUCGCAGUUCUGCUGUCUGCAAUGGUGUUAUUCUGUGGCGCUUCUCCAGAGGAAUUGAAAGUCUUAUACAUGGAUAUAAAAAGAAAGAAAAAAAUGAGAAGACUUUGCGACGUACAUUUUAUCGAAGUCGGACAACCUAUGACAACUGAGGUAACGUCUUCCGGAGGGAUUUUGUACUGCUCAGAAGGCGUGUAUUAUGUACUUAGCUGCGAUAUUCCACAGCAGCUGCUUACGAAUCUGCAAGGUGUUUUGAGUGGUUUCGAUGAUAGCUUCGUCCUCGGCGAAGAUGAUAUAUCGACAUUUUUGAAUUCUUGCCUGUCCCACCAUUAUAAUGGCAAAGUGUGGAGGGAUCGAGACUUGAAGUUUCCGAUGACAGACGAGCCCCAGCCUACACAAGUAGUAGUCGAAGAGGAGGAUCUUUUGAAGUACAGGCAGAAGAAGAUUCUAGAAGCAGCACAAAGAAGAACGAGUCUAAAGAAGUGCCGCAGGGAUCUCCGCGAAUAUAAUAUUCCGCUAGCAACCUUGCUGAACGAAGACGGGACUCGCACAUCUUCUCGUCGUGAGAUGGAAAUCAUUACGGAGAGGUUCUACUCGAACCUUUUCCGUUCAUCAACUCCUGUGUCAAGCCCAAUCAUCCCCACUGGCGAAGCUCCACCACGGAUUCUCCCUUCGGAAGUACGAGUCGCUAUCAAGAGCAUGAAACCUGGCACAGCCCCCGGACCUGAUUUUAUUUCAGCAGACUUUCUUCGGGCUGGUGGCCAUCCGCUUCAUGUAAUCUUAGCAGCGCACAUGACAUCCUAUCUUCAGAAAGAAAGGAUCCCAGACCAGUGGAAGACCUCGCGAACCGUUCUUAUCCAUAAGAAAGGUGACCGAGAGGACCUUCGGAACUACCGUCCGAUAUGCUUGCUGAGCGUGUUAUACAAAGUAUUCACCAAGAUCAUCCUCACACGCAUAUCUAGGACGCUGGAUGAAGCCCAGCCUCAAGAACAAGCUGGAUUCCGCCAAGGGUUCAGCUGCUUGGACCACAUCCAGACCGUGUCGAGGGUCAUAGAGGUUUGCCGGGAAUACCGCCUGCUCCUUGUUCUAACCUUCGUCGACUAUGAGAAAGCCUUUGACAGCGUAGAAACGAAUGCAAUACUGUCAGCGCUGGUCGAUCAAGGUGUGGACGCGUCGUAUGUGAGGACAUUAGCCAAUUGCUACGAACGAUGCACGACUAGGAUACAGCUUUUCCACCGCCCUCUCACCAUACCCAUUGGAAAGGGGGUACGACAAGGCGAUACUAUAUCGCCGAAGCUGUUCACGGCUGCAUUGCAAUGGAUAAUGAAAUCACUAUCCUGGGAAGAAAGGGGCAUACGUGUUGAUGGAAGAUUUCUUUCGAACCUUCGUUUCGCGGACGACAUCGUUCUCUUUUCGAGCAGUACCAAUGAAGCAGAAACGAUGCUCAACGAAUUGAACGAAGCAGGGAAGAGAAUAGGACUACGAAUAAACAGAAAGAAGACACAGUUCAUGAAGAACGCGCACUGCGAGGACGGAGGAGUACAACUUGAAGGCUCCCAAAUCGUGGAAACUCCGUCAUACGUAUACCUCGGACGUUCCAUGAACAUGGAAAACGACUUGAAGGAAGAACUGAAUAGAAGAAUGAGAGCAGCAUGGGCAGCAUUCGCAGCCGUCAGGGAAGCUACGGACCAACUGACGGACCAUAAUCUUCGUGCCCAUCUGUUCGACUCGACAGUCCUUCCAGCGCUCUGUUACGCAGCGGAGACGUGGGCAGACACCGCGGCCACGUCUAGGAAGCUACUUACUACCCACAGAGCCCUUGAGAGAUGUCUCCUGAAGUUUAACCGGCGCACACAACACCUUGCCGGUCUUCGUAGCUCCGACUUAAGAGGAAUGUCCCGUCUUCGCGACCCAGCGGAAUAUGUAUCGAAAGCAAAACAUAGAUGGGCCGGUCACAUCAUGAGAAGAAUCGACGAUAGAUGGACUAAAAGAACGCUAGAGUGGAUCCCAAGGGACGCUAAACGCCCCCGAGGGAGACCGCCAACGAGAUGGAGUGACGUGUUCGCUGCACGGAUGGACCAGCUGAGAGCUCAGCUAGAUACGGCUCAAGGACCUCGUCAACGUCACUCACGAAGCUUGAGAACAUCUUGGAUGACAAUGGCGAGGGAACGAAAUGAGUGGAAGAGAUGCUGGGGCCCGCACGUCGAGUGA